GUGUGAAGCCGCGGCCAGCAAUGGAACCCUGGCCUGCAGUGGCCUGGGUCCUACUGCUGACGGUCAUCGCUGAUUGGCUGAAAACAGCCCAAUCAAAGGACUUUACAGAACAGGACAUCAUCUACCUCCAUCCCUCAAAGAGGCAGAACUCCCGGGAUCAGGUUAACACCGUGCCGGCUUUCUGGGAUACUGCGGGAGAUAUCCGUGUCAGCUCGAGGCCACCCCUCUAGUCCCCAUGGGGAUUUGGUAGAUGGUGUGUGUGUGUAUAUGUGUGUGUGUUCGCGUGUACGCGCAUGUGUCCGUGUCUAUGUACAUAUGUGAGCAUGUGACAGGGUGUUUGCGUAGUUGUGUGUCUGUCUUUGUGCGUGGGUGUGGGGGGGCUCCUAGGGAGUGGUAACUAACCAGACAUCCUGGGAGAUGGAGGGAGGGGUCAUGGUCUAGCUAGCAGUGACGAGGCAAGGCGGGAUCAUGGUCUGCGUCCUAAAUCGCACCCUAUUCCUGAUAUACUGCACAACUUUUGACCAGUGUCCUAUGGCCUACAUAGUGCACUGUAUAGGGAAUAGGGUGUCAUUUGAGACGUAGCCAUGGUGAUUGGCAACAAGCUUUGUGUUCUGAAUUAAAUUUGCCUGACCUGCAGACCUGUAGCUAUCAUUGGGGAACGCUGUGGAGGAGUGGCCAAUCAGAUGAAUGUAAUGGUGUGAAACUGGAAAGACUAACAGCUUCUUCGUCCGUUUGAUCACAACAGAUGGCCCACCAUGGACAUUUUCCUUCCUCUGGGGACAAUGCAUUGAGAAGGGAGGCAGCAACUGAGCUGCAUGCCACUCCAUUCCCAGGCGGGUUCAAGUGCUUCACAUGUGAGGAGGCACCUGACAACUACGAGUGUAAUCGCUGGGCGCCAGACCUGUACUGCCCACAAGAGACCAGAUAUUGUUAUACGCUUCACAAGAUGGACGUGGAGGGGGACAGUGUUUCCGUGACAAAGCGUUGUGUGGCUCUGGAGGACUGCCUCUCUACUGGAUGCUCUGAAGAAGACCACGAAGGAAACAAGGUCUGUACGGCGUGCUGUGAGGGCAAUAUCUGUAACCUUCCUCUCCCCUGGAAUGAGACGGAGGCCGUAUUCGCCACCACCUCACCUCUCAGCGGCACCACACGAAUCCCACAGAGCUACAGACUAAUAUCCUGCCUCCUUUUCCUCACCCUCCUCAUCUCCAGCUAUGUUUGAGAAGUGGAGAGAGAUACUGACAUAUACAAUUGUCUUUACCAGUUGAAGGCCUGACCCAACUGUUAAUGUAUUCCGAUCCAACUGUUAAUCGAUUCAAUCUACACCCUAUGGAAAUAGUACUCACUGCAGUUUUUGACAGCUUAUUUUCCUUUUAAUUGAAAAGGAAUCCAGUUUUGAUCCCCUUUCAUCAUUAUGCUUGGUUUCAAUAAAAUGUGCACUUAGAACUGGACACUGAUACUGCUUCUAAAACACAGGCCAUAUGGCUGUCAAUCUUGAAGGAUUAAACAUAAUAUACAUCCGAGUAUGAAAUGACAUAAUUCUCCCCCUACUAGUCUUCUGCACCGGGACAGAAGGAGGGGAAACUGUAAACCUUGAAAUGUGUUGUGGCAUGUUUGGAUUCGUCAGAAGGCUAUAUACUGUAAGAGUUUCAACAUGUUCCAGCGAUGAGGAAGAAUUGAAGAACAGCUUCAGCUUCUAUGAGGAUUUGUCUGGUUUAACGUUUUUUAUGUUUUUACAUUUUCACAUUUGUGAGUCCGUGCCCCAUGUUGUAUGUUUGACAUAUAUGUACAUAUACAUAGUAUUUAUUUUUUUAUGGAACAUUGUUGUUAGAAGGUGAAUAUGUCUGUGUGAAACGUUACGCCGGUAGGUUUAUAAAAUAGCAUGUAAGUGUAGACUACAUCUUUUAUUUUCCAGCAGGAACAGGUGACAUAGGCGCUGCGCAUCCUUUUACGUCUAGUAUGCAGAAAGUAUUUUUACCGACAUGGAAAGAGAGCCGGGCGCUUAUCAAACAAACACUUAACCCUUUGGUGUUUCUGUUGUGGGACGACUAUUUCCUCAAAACCUAAAAAAAAAAGAAGGAUCCAAGUUAAUUACAGGUCUAUUUUAGCUUCAAAAUUGACCGAUGAUGAAAAAUGAAUCUGACUUUCCACAUGAUACAGCUACCCACAUACCUCAGUGCAGCACUUUGUUUGACCUAGGCUUUGGAAGCUGUGCUGUAACUGUAGGACAAAUAGCAUGUUUUUAUGUCUCGUCAUUUCAGUUUUAGCGAGAGGCAACAAUAAAUGACUUGCUUUGUGCGCACACAAUUAAUUACUGACACUACGUGUUCUUCAGGAUACUUUUUCUCACAAGUGUUUUAAUGUUUUUGUACGUUCUUGUGACAUGUCCCUCUGAUGUUUGUACUGUGCUCUGUUCUGUGAUGUGUUUCUCAUCCAUCACUCUCUGUUGGCGGUGUGGUCGCCUGUCCAGGCGGGAAAAAUGCAGAGUUAGCAAAUACAGUGUUAUUGUUCUCCAGGAUUUCGGAUUUAUUUAGGCUGACCGCCCGAGACAUAAAGGAGACUGGUCACUUCCCCUCUCCAGACCUGGUUUCAUUUACUAUUUUAAAUCAUCGUUUGGCUCAAUGGACCAAUAGAAUAGUCCCAAAAUGGCAAACCAUGCUCAUAUAGUACUUCAGGCAGACUAAAGCAAACGAUCAAAGUAUUUGAAAGAUUUCAAAUAGUAUCUGAACCCAGGUCUGCCCUCCUCCCUCCCUACCACACUGUCUGUUCAGUAGGACUCCAGCCAAGCAGCAAAAGGAAAACAGUGAAGCAUGAUUUACAGAAAGCAAACAUUUUUACCUACUGUAGUUUGCUCUGUUAACAUUUUAUAAAUUACAUUUCGUUUUUUAUGGGGUAACAUAAGGGCUAAAACAUGUUGUGUCCAUUUAAACCAAUCAGGCAAUACUAGAUUUUCCCUUUUAAAUAUUUUGCCAGGACUUUUGUACUGUGACCUGAAUGCCAACAUAUCAUGCCAGAUGUUGCCUUAAAUAAAUGCUGUACAAUUCAUGGAAGAAGUGCUUGUGCAUGAUCUUAUCUAGUCAUGUUGUGCCAAUUGACGUUAUGUAAAUAUCAUCUCUGUUUGUAUAUGCAAUGUCUUUGUACAUAAUUGUAUAUAUAGAUGUGAAGGACUUUGUAACUUCAUAUUAAAGAUGAAGACAUGACCACUGA